AUGUCCUCAUCGUCAGUUAAGAAAAUUUGCAUUCUCAAUGGCUCUGGUCGUUUGGGAAGACACAUUAUCCAAUCACUCACCACCGUAAGAGAACAUUCGGUUGGAUCCGAAAGUGAUUUCUCCAAUUUGAGAAUUGAAACUUAUUGUAAGGAAGAUCGAGUUGAUUCAUUGAAGAAUGAAAGUUAUGGAUCAAAGAUUGAUAAGAUUAUGAUUGAUAGAGUUGAUAAGAUGGAUUUGAAAACAAUGACUCAAAAAUUCUCUGGUUAUGACAUUUUAAUCAAUGCCACAGAUUUUGAGAAGAAUACUAAUGAAGAAGAAUUCGAAACCAAUGUAAUUGAAGCUUGUUUAAAGACCAAUUCCAUUCAACGUUACAUUCCAGCUGAUUUUACUUUGGAUUAUCGUAAAUUCUCAGAAGGUGAAAAUGAAAAGAUGGAUAUUCGAAAGAGAAUCCUUUCUCUAUUGGAAAAGAAUAAGGAAAAGUUGAGUUAUACCUCAAUUCUUAAUGGUGUUUUCAUGGAGAGACUUUUCGAUCCAUUCUACAAGUGGAAAAUUCUCAAUUUAGAAGAAAGAAAGGUAGAAUUCUAUUCGAAUGAUAAAAGUGAACCAAUUUUGGACUUUUCAUUGUAUCCUCAAGUUGGUCAACUAUGCGCUCUCUCCACUACCUUACUCUAUGACCAAUCUGAGAAUAUUACCAUUCCAUUUGUGUCCGAAUCCUUGUCCAUGUCCGAGUUGGCCAAAAUGCUUUCUCAAGAUUUAGGACAUGGCCAAUGGAAAGUUGAAAAAUUGGGCACCCUUAAUGAUUUGAAAGAUGCCGUCAAGAAGAAACAAGAAAAGAGACAAGAGAAGGAGUUGGAUAAUUCCUAUGCCUACGAUUAUUUACUUGCUAUAUUUAGUCAAAAAGGAAGAAUUGAUAUUGACAAAAAUGGAAAGGACUUUAUUAAGGCAGCUCAAAAGAUGAUUGGUUCCAUUGAGAAGAGUUAUAGAGAGAGAAAUGAAAAUGUUGGUAAAAGUGUCUUGUUUGGAGCAAGUGUUGGUCUUUCCAAAGUUGCCACUACUGAAGCAAGUAAGAAGAAAUUGGAAGAAAGUGGUGGAAUCUUGCAUCAAAUGGUGAGUGAUCAAUUUGGAAGUAAGGAUACCUCCAAACUGGAUUUGGAACAAAUCUGCUCUCGUUUCGGUUGUGCAUACACUCCAAAAGCCAACCCAGAAGCAACCAAAUAA